AGAGAGAGCACAUGCACAGUCUGGAGUUCAGAACUCUCGGUGAAAGGCAGUCGCUCAUUCAAAUGUGCUGCUAUUCAUUCCAAGUUUGAAAAUAUUGUGUUCUAUCACCUUUGCUAUUCCUGCCAGGAUUAUGUGACUUUCAGAGAUUUUCAUUUCAAGUCACCUGCUCAGAACAAUCAAGACAAUGAUAUUCGGGAGUGCUGCCUGCAACAAGAGUCUUGUCUGAAUGUGUUCAGCAGCCAACUGCAUGCUCCCCCUGAGAAAGAACUGCGAAGGACUGGCAAACCUCGGACGGCUUAAUGGGGGAGCAUCAAUGCCCAUCAGUGCCACUGGAUUCAGGAUGCACCGACACCCUCAGGAUUCAGACAUGGACUUCACUUGGCAGGAGCUGAUGGCCAUCACAGAAUUACAGGAUCUUGAGGUCCCGAGUGAGAGUCAGUAUGAGAAUGGACCUUAUCCUCCUAUGGAGCCGCCAGCGUCUGUUGGGUGUUUUGGAAUAAAUCCGAGCCACUCUGCGACUCUAACUCAGGGCUGUGAUGUGACCCCCGUGGGCUACGAGGGAUCCUACCAUGAGGUGAUGCCACCUUGCCAACGGCUGGGGCCAGAGAUGGACUCUCACUACGCACACUCCAGCAGUCAGCUGGCCUCCAGGCUGCUUCCCGGUACCCAGUCUCUGCAACCACCACUCAUGAGCCUGCUCGAGCAUAUGAACUUGGUGGGCGCCGGUCACGGUCUUGAAAAAGACAGUCUCGGGCACUCCCACAGCACAGGCCUUGGGCCUAGCCACAACAAACAGCAGCAUGCAGCCAUCGAUGACAUGGAGUCUGACUCUGGUCUGUCACUGGGUUCAAGCCCCCCACUGGCCUCUCCAGAGAACGGUGUAAACAGUAUAACUACCUAUGCUUGCACAGAGCCAGGGGUGUCUUAUGCAGAGGGUGAAAUGGAGCCAGGUAUGGGGGAACACUGCAGAAUGAGAGACAGCCUUGUUUACCCCAUGGAAUACCACCACCACCACCAUCACCACCACAUGAACCACUUCACAGGGCCGCCCUCCACCUCUUACUUCCCCAUGGCCUCCAGCUUGCCUCCCCUCCACCACCAGCACCAAUCUCACUCAGUGUAUCCACUCAAGCAGCAACAGAUCUUACCCAGCAGCGCCCUGCACCUCAACAGUCCCGGCGUGAUGUCCAGCAACCGUGCAGGGUCCUCCUGCGCAAGCUCGUACAUCAAGCCAAAGGGGCCUGGAGCCCCCUUACCCCUCAGCAGAGACGAACGACGAGCCCUGGCUCUGAAGAUCCCUUUCCCCUUGGAGAAGAUCAUCAACCUGCCCGUGGACGACUUCAACGAGCUGUUGACCCAGUACACGCUCAACGAUUCCCAACUCGCCCUGGUGCGCGACAUCCGUCGGCGGGGCAAGAACAAAGUGGCCGCGCAGAACUGCAGGAAGCGCAAGCUGGAGAACAUCGUGCACCUGGAGGGCGAGCUCGGGCAGCUGCGCUCUCAGCGAGAGCACUUGGCCAGAGAGCGCGUGGACUACCAGCGAAGCCUGGCCGUCAUCAAGUGCCGUCUUUCUGAGCUCUACACCAAAGUCUUCUCACAGCUCCGUGACGAAGAGGGCCACCCCUACUCCUUAGAUGAUUACUCUCUCCAGCAGACCAAUGAUGGCAAUGUGUACUUGGUGCCUCGCAACGCAGCACUUGAGGUGGAAUGAUGCCAAUGAAAACAGAUUUGAGCUUUACCUUUGCAUUAGACAAUUUUCUACCUGAUAUUCCCACAUGCUGCAAUACUAGCCUACAUAUCUUAGCGUCUAUUGCACAACGUGUGUGAUGAAAGAACUUUUGAGUUACACAACUGAGCAGGUCUUCCAUAAAUAAGCAGAGCAAUUACAUUCCUUAAACUGCCACGGUGUUUGAUACAUUUUGGCAGUACAAAACAUGAUACUGAAGCUUUUAAUAUUUUAUGUCAUAUUUGCAAGAAACUCUGCUAGCUGAUAACUUCAGGAGCAUUACAACCCCAGAUGGUUAAAAUGUAUUUUUUGUAUGUAUUUUCCCUUUUCUUGCUCAUAGACAAAGAAAGUUCCAAACACAUUGUGUAAAAA